ACGCAAUUUCGUGAAAAUAAAACUUUUUAAUAGAAAUAACACAAAAAUACUUUUCAAAGACAAUGAGUUUACAAUUUUUACAAACAACAUGGGUUUACAAUCUUCAAAGUCACAAUAAGAAACAGGACGAUUUACAUGUUUCACCUGGUACUUUUCCAGUUCUCCUUCCUUCACAACGUAAUUAGGAACUACUUCACAAGAACUCCUCCCUCCUUUAUGGAAUAUUACCUUCCAGACCAAGAGCUCAAAGCACAUUAGCCCGGGAGUCUCAGGGGAGAACGCCCCCCCCCCCCCCCGAGCGGGAUCGCAGGGGUGGGUGCCUUUUCCUCCGGGCCCUAGUACGUACAACAGCAGUCUGUAGGAACUGUCCGAGCGCCCCAGAGCAACUCACUUGGCAAACCCAAUCCUCAGCCACACUCGAGUCCUCCACCGUGCGUGGCACCCGGACGGCAGAAAGGGGUCAGGCGAAGGCGAGGUCGUGAGCCGGAGCCAGGUGACCGGGACUGCCACAUGGCCGCCGCGCACGCCACGUAGACGCAUGCCGAGGCGCGCACCGGGAAGGGCACAAAGGCUGCCCGUGCGACAUAAGCCCUUUAAGCUCCUAGGAAUUUUAGAUGUUGAAAACAUUCCCUGUGCACGGGAUUCAAUAUUGUAUGGUUCAUUAGGAUCUGUUGUGGCUGGCCUUGGACAUUUUUUGUUGACUAGUAGGAUUAGAAGAUCAUGUGACGUUGGAGUUGGAGGAUUUAUCCUGGUGACUUUAGGAUGCUGGUUCCAUUGUAGGUAUAAUUAUGCAAAGCUAAGAAUCCAGGAAAGAAUUGCCAGAGAUGGGAUUAAAAAUAAGAUUUUGUAUGAAAGUACCCACCUUGACCCUGAAAGAAAACAAAGCCCUAGCAAGAGCAGCAGUUGAGCGGAAUCAUGCUUGAAAAUACAACUCCGUGGAGUCAGUGUGAAUAAAAUGGAGAGCAACUCGAUUAAACCUCAUAUGUACCAUUAGACUUUCAAUCAAGUAAAUAAAGAUGUGUUGGUUGUAGUUUCUUUUCUUUUUUUUUUUAAACAUUUACAUGAAUGCCCACAAGCUUAUUCUGGUCCUCAACCUACUGCCAGCAAAGCAUCUGGUGCCUUGUGAGACUUAGUGCAGAGAAGAGAGUGUAAAUAAUGGCAUUUCAAGAAAUCGAAUCGAAUCUCAGUUGGAUUUUCAAACUCACCUUAAAAACAAAAAUCACAAUUGUAUUACUGCACCCUGUUAAAAAUGAGGCAAUACUUCCUGGUUUCUAGUCAGUGCUAUUGUAAGACAUAACACUAAUGGAUUUUUUUUUUAACUUUGUAAAUUGCUAUUUUUUAAGAUUUUAUUUAUUUGACAGAGAGACACAGCGAGAGAGGGAACACAAGCAGGGGGGAGUGAGAGAGGGAGAAGCAGGCUUCC